AUGCAGUCACCUCGGACGAUCAAAGACCUGCAGCGACUUAACGGAAGGCUUGUUGUCAUGUCUCGCUUCCUCGCCCGGUCGGGCGAUCGCUGCCUCCCCUUCUUCAGGGCGCUCAAAAACCCGAAAAACUUCCAGUGGACGGCGGAGUUCAGUUUUGUCCUGAUCAAAGAAAGCACCGGCGAACAACUUCCAAUCUACUACGUCAGCCACAUCCUGAGCGGACCCGAGGGGCGUUACCCGCCGAUAGAGAAACUCGCACUCGCCCUGGUGCUGUCAACUCGGAAGUUGCGCCCCUACUUCCAGGCCCACCCGGUGGAGGUCAUCACCGACCAACCCCUUCGGCAGGUCUUAUCUAAAUUUGAUGUUACAGGACGACUCCUCAAAUGGGCGGUGGAGCUCGGCGAGCAUGAUAUAAGAUACGUGCCUAGGACCGCCAUUAAGGCCCAAGCGGUAGCCGACUUCAUCGCGGAGCUAACUCGGGUGGCAGACGGGGAUCUCGAGCAACCUCCCGAGGCCUGGAUCCUACACGUGGAUGGCUCGGCCAGCUCAAAGGGUGCCGGCGCGGGACUGGUUCUGCUUGCCCCCGAUGGCCGUUCGUUCGAGCACUCCCUUCGCUUCGGGUUUAAAGCCACUAACAAUGAAGCGGAAUACGAGGCGCUCCUAGCAGGACUCAGGUUGGCCCUCGAGAUGCAGGUGGCUGCUAUACACGUCCUCACCGACUUGCAACUUGUGGCCGAGCAGCUCAGCGGUGGGUACGAAGCUCGGGACCUGACUGCCAAGUUCCCUUAUUUUACGUUAUCUAAUGUUCCGAGGGAGGAGAACGAGCGAGCCGAUGCGCUAGCUAAGCUCGCGUCAAAGCCGACCCCCGAAGCAUUGCAGGAGGUCGAGGAGCUUCCUGCCCGCGCCGUCGAAGUUGCGGCUAUGGUCCCUGGCAGCGCGACGAUCACAUGGGUACAAGAGCUGCUUCGCUUCAAACGGGAUGGGACCCUUCCCCACGACGAAGUUGCGGCUCGGCGCCUACGUCGUACACACGCGUGGUACACCGAGGUGAGCGGGCGUCUUUAUAGGCGGUCCUUCACCUACCCCCUCCUACGAUGCUUGGAGCCCAACGAGGCCCAGACGAUCUUGGCCGAGAUCCACGAGGGAGUCUGUGGAGAACACAUCGGCGGGCGAACCUUGGCGCACAAAAUACUCCGCCAAGGUUACUACUGGCCGACCAUGUGCCGGGAUGCGAAAGCCUACGUGCAGUGGUGCGGUUCGUGA